AUGGAGUCGGCGGCCGACAUGCUCGCGCAUGUUUCGCACGGAGGCUAUGUCUUCCAGCAGCCGAGCCGCCCGCCGUCAGAGAACUGCAUGCCCAUCCGUGGCAACAAGCACGGCCACUCGACAGCCUCGUCCCGCCUCAAGCCCCCGCAGCGGGAGCACCGCGUCAUCCGCGAGCGCGUGUCAGCCGGUACUAUCCGCUCUUCACGGCUCGGCUUCACCUCUGCCAAAAAGUUCGGGGCGCCAAUGCGGCUACGGCGGGAGCGGCGCUCGGUGGCCGAGCCGUCGCCGGUUGAGCUGGCCAAGGCUGCACUGGCCGCCAAGGAAAGCGGCAGGCUUCCGCCACGUCCCUCGUCGCCCAUUCGGUCGACCAAGCUCGGAUCGACUGAUGCCGGCGCCCGCCUCACCGGGCGCGACUCGCAGGCGCUCGGCACCUCGCUCGGCGCUGACAGCGAUGCCGCGGCGGCAGUCGCGCCCUCCCCCGCGCGCGAUGCCGUCGGCCAUGGUGUCAUCCGCUCGUUCAAAGAGGGCCAGACCACUGCCUCGCCGCUGGCGGUUGGCUCCAAGACCGCAGGCGCCAAUGCCGAUGGCAACCCGGCCGGCGAGCCCGACUUUGCCGAAGUCGGCGUCAUCCGCUCGCGCUCGUUCGGCCUCACCACGGCGUCGAUCGACACCCACCACGCACGCGAUGUAUACUCGGAGCCCGAUCCCAAUGCUCCCAAGACUCAGGCGCUGGCCACCGGCGUCAUCCGCUCGCUCGAGCCCGGCCAUACAUCGGCAACCGCCCGCCUCCGCGACGAGUUGCACGCCGGCAUCAAUGCGUACAAGCUCCAAAAGGCCGAGGAGGAGCUGGACUCGCUUCUAGUCCGCGAUGCCCCGUCGCCGCCCAAGUACUCUUUCAUCCGCUCGUCCAUUCUCGGAGGGACCAAUGCCACGACCCGGGUCCGCGACGCCGACGCGCCCGACAACGAGGAUAAGAUACAGGCAUUCCGCCAGCGCGACAACAUUGAUGCCUCCGAGGGCCUGACCAUCUACGCCUCGGGCAAAAAGGGCUACACCACCCGCUCUAUUCGCAAGCACGAGUCUCCCAGCGCCGAAAUGGUUAAGGAUCUCAUCACCUCGCGCCCGGCCAAGGUCGGCUGGUCUCCCGCAACCAUCCGCAUGUCUGCCCUCGCCGGCCGCAACACCGCUACGUUUGCCUCGCGCAGGCCGCCCCCUCCCGCCCACGAAGCGGUCUACCCGGACAAGCCGCUCACCACCCGCGACCCGUCGGUCCGCAUCGUCGGCUACAGCUCGCAUGGCGGUAUCUCGACUCCGGUCAUCGAGCGCAAGACCGCGCCAUCGGUUGCAGGCGACUCGUCCGUCGUCCCCGUACCCGCCGAGGCGUCUUCCGAUGCCACACCGGUUCCUGGCGCCACCCGCGCCUCGGCUUCGAGCUCGCGUCCACUCGCCAAGCAGCUCGAAUUCGACGUCUCCACCACUCCGUCGGCUCGCAAGGGCCGCGCCGCCUCACAGCGUCUGUUCGCGCGAGGCACCGUCGCCUCCAACCACAAGGGCAAGCGAGUUCGCAUCGUCACUCCCAAGCGCAAGGCUCCGCGUCCGUCGCGGCGUGCUGCUGCGGCCGCCGCCUCUUCCACUGCGGCACCCACGCCAUCGCCCGGCGCCGCCGCACGCCGCCGCACGCCUGCACCUGCGCCUGCCCGCCCGCGCCCGUCAUCGGCCACACCUGCGCCUGCAUCUGCGCCCGCCUCUGCCCGCGUUGCCGCCGCCCAGGUCUUGGCCUGAGAGCAUCCUCUCCCAUCGCACGCCUGCAGCACUGGCCCCCACUUGGACUUCCUUGAUUGAACUCCCUCCCCCC